AAUCAGAUUAAUUAAUUAAUUACAACUUUAUUAUGGACGGAUGAUUAAUCACGGAUGUUGCAUGUAAAUUACGGAGGCGGAUGCCACUUUGCUCUGUGAUUAUCUCCUAAUCUCUCGGGUUUUCGCGUCGUUAAUUAGCAGAGUCUGAGUCGGUUUAGCGCACGGUUAUAAAACGAGUGGGCACAUCGAUUUGAAACGAGUCGCGUCGCCGCUGCGUUUCCGAAGAGAAGGCGCCGCUCAAGGGAGAAAGCGUAAAGCCGUUUCCCGCUUUAGUUCUCGCAUCCGCGCUAACCCUCGCGGCUUCGUCGAUGGUCGGCGGCGGCGGCGGCGGCGGCCACGGGGUCAGGACGCCGGCGAACUUCCCCCCGCGGCAGAAGGCUCGCCUCCCUCGCGGACCGGUUCAUGAGAAGUCGUUGGAACAGCAAAAGAAGGGGCCAAGUUCAUCCUCUCCUUCAGUUAGCAGUAACAAGUCCCCACUCCAAUUGGCUGCAGCAAUUGUUCAACCACAGAAACCGCUAGAGUCACCACAGCACAUGGUUACACCGGUUCGACUGCAAGAAUCUCCAGGCCCAAGAACCAUUCCAUGCAGUUCUGGAUCUGUAGGAUCUGGUUCAGGAGCUGCCCCAUUUGACAUAUGCAUAAAAAGAGAUGAUAAGUGCUCCAUCAAGUUAAGUCGUUCUUUACUGGAAAUCAACAGAGAAAAAAGACGAGAAAGGGAGCAACUUUCCAAGGAGGCAGCUCCAUUGCAAUAUUUGAGACCUGGGAUGGUUCUGUUGAAAAAGUUCUUAAAGCAUGAUGAUCAGGUUGACAUUAUCAGACGCUGCCAGAAACUUGGUAUUGGCUCAGGAGGAUUUUAUACUCCUGGCUACAGAGAUGGUGGUAAAUUAAGUUUGCAGAUGAUGUGCUUAGGGAAGAACUGGGAUCCAAAUUCACGUUCAUAUGGAGAUACACGUCCAUUUGAUGGUGCUCAACCACCAAGUAUACCAGAAGUAUUCAGUAAGAUAGUUAAAGAUGCCAUCCAAGCUUCCAAUGAAUUUUUGAGACAAAAAGCCAGACCUGCCAAUGAUGUUGAAGAACUUCCUCCACUGUCACCAGAUAUCUGCCUUGUUAACUUCUAUACCAGCAGUGGUAAGUUAGGUCUUCACCAGGACAAAGAUGAAACGAAACCCAGCCUUCAUAAGGGAUUGCCUGUUGUUUCAUUUUCGCUAGGUGACACUGCAGAAUUCUUGUAUGGUGACGUGAACGAUGUGGAUAAAGCUUCAAAGGUUGAUCUGGAAUCUGGUGAUGUUCUCAUAUUUGGUGGUAAAUCAAGGCUCAUAUUCCAUGGGGUUUCCAGAAUCAAACCAAAAACAGCACCAAAUUGGCUGACCGAUGAAGCAAAACUUCGACCUGGGCGUCUGAACCUCACAUUCAGGCAGCAUUAGCUUGCCCCGUAUUAGAUGUAGAGGGAACCUUGUUCUGUUCUGUUGUAGUAGCUCAGUACCCACCCUAUUAGCAUGAGUUAGCUGGUAGUACAUUCGAUCUAACUACUGGAAAACUCGAGAAGGAGUCAGAUCAAACUAUGGAACAUAUAUAUAUUUAGUGCAAUUGAUUUUCCUGUGAUUAUUAUUUUUAGAUAUAAUGGAAAUCAAUCCAGAUUUGUGUUGUA